CGUAAUGGACCGAGGGGAUGGGAAGCUCCGAUCGCCGUACCACCUGCGGCACCAGGAGCCAGGUGAACGGCAACUUCCCGCACGCACCUCCCCUCGCCCUCCGCAUUUUCUGUCGGAGGACUUUAGGCCGCCGGCCGGAAAGGCGCUCCUCCUAACGUCACCUUUCCUUUAAAGACGCAGGCCGAAGCCCCGCCCACUACGGAAGGUGAAAGGGUCUCGCGGCGGAGCCCGUUUGCGGGCUCCUUUCGCCAAACCUUACCAAUCGGCGGCCCGGAACAGGUGUCCUGGAACCAGUCCCACGUGGAUACCGAGGACGGCUGUACGUACUGAGACAGGCUGUAGGCGCCAGUGUGAGGAGCACGGCGGCGAACGAAGUAGACACGUGACGUUUUCUCACGAAGCUUACGUUCCAGUGAGGAAAGACUGCCAUCAGAUGUAUUGAUAAGUUGUUCAUUACGUUCACGAAGAGGUGUCUGUGAGUCAGCAGGGAUUCAAGAUUCUGCAUCGUCCUAAAUAAACCCUUAGGGUGACACCUGCUUUUGGAGUUGGCACUGUGAGAUCCAUGGGGAACGGGGUCAACUAAGAUAACUUUGACGUUUCCUGUGCACGGACCUGCAAUGUUCACAGGUGAGGUUCCCACAGGCUCGCACACGCCCUCCAUGCUCCACAGCACCGGCCCACGGGAAUGAGCGAUCGGACUUCAGUGAGCUUUUCUCCCUGCUUUUUAGGAUGGCUGCCCUUUUUCUAAAGAGGUUAACAUUACAAACUAUAAAAACGGAAAAUACUUGCAUUAGAAGAUGUUUGGGUAAAUACGUCGUACAAAAGACGGCACUGGCGGAGCCAUCCCACAUUGCCUCUGCCCCAAGACCGUCCUGCCUCAUUCACGCAAAAGCUUUUACUACUGAAGACACCCAGGACAAGAGAGAAAAGAAAAAAAAGAAUGAAACAGCUUUUCGUAACGUUGGAAGAAAAAUUAACGAGCGCAUCAUUCAGGUGCUGGACGAGAAGGGCAACGACCUGGGCCCCAUGCACCGAGCGAACGUGAUCAGGCUCAUGGCCGAGCAGGACCUGCGGCUGGUGCCGAGGGACCCCGGCGCCGAGCCCCCGCGGUACCAGCUCAUGACGGGCACGCAGAUCUACCAGGAGCGGCUCCGGCGCAGAGGGAUGGAGAGGGCCGAGCCCAAGCCUGGACCCACCCUGACAAAGGAACUGACUUUUUCUUCAAAUAUUGGACAACAUGAUUUGGACACAAAGAGUAAACAGAUUCAGCAGUGGAUCGAGAAAAAGUACAAAGUUCAAAUUACAAUAAAGAAAGGGAAGAAUACAGAAGAGCCAGAAAACAGAAUGGAGGAGAUAUGUAAUCAAAUACUCCAGACUAUGCCUGGAAUAGCUACCUUCUCAUCCAGGCCACAGCCCAUCAGAGGGGGAAAGGCUGUGAUGUGUGUGCUUCGUCCCUUGAGCCAAAAGGAAGAGAAUGCGUGCAGAUCAGCUCAGGGGACCCAGAGAGGAGACGCUCUGAACAGAGAAGAUGGAAACCACGGAGCAUCCAAUGCUCUGCACCAGUGAUUUUAAUAAAAACGUGCUUCUGAGAGA